AUUGACAGACUACGGGUUGUGUAAAAAAAAAAAAAAAAAAAAGAAAGAAAAAAAAUUGGUUGGUGAGCUGAGAUCCGUGGUUGAAGUUGAUUUUAGGGGGAGGAAGAUGACUGUAGCGGCGGGAAUUGGGUACGCACUGUUGGCAGUGGGCCCAUCUCUCUCACUCUUCACAGCCGUGAUUUCGCAUAAGCCCUUUCUAAUUCUCACCCUUCUUUCUAGUACAUUGGCAUGGCUGAUGAGUCUAAUCGCAUUAUCGGCAGUGUGGAGAGCUUUUCUCCCCUUCAAAACGGUGUCGUUUUGGCCCUCUGCACUUCUCAUUCUCACUUCUGUUGCCUUUCAAGAACUUCUCCGUCUUUUCUUGUGGAGACUUUACAUGAGGAUGGAAGAAAUGCUGGAUGCUUUUGCUGAUAGAGUUUCUAAACCACGUCUCUUUAUUACUGACAAGAUGCAAAUUGCUCUUGCUGGUGGAAUGGGUCAUGGUGUGGCGCAUGCUGUAUUCUUCUGCAUAAGCCUUUUAACACCUGCAUUUGGGCCAGCAACUUAUUAUGUUGAAAAAUGCUCACAGAUGCCAUUUUUUCUUGUCUCUGCUAUUAUAGCGCUUGCAUUUGUUACAAUCCACACUUUCUGUAUGGUUAUUGCAUUCAAUGGUUACUCUGAAGGAAGCAAAAUUGACCAGUAUUUUGCCCCCGUUGUUCAUGUUGCUGCAGGAAUGCUUACACUGAUGAAUCUUGCAUCUGGGGGCUGCAUGAUCGGCAUUCCUCUACUUUAUUGCUUAGCAAUUUUAACUUUGGCAUAUUGUGGGAAGAUGGUAUGGACUAGAUUGACAGAAAUCCGGAGCAGACAAGGUGACUUGUACUAAUUAAUGGCUUUCGAAUGUAGCAAACCCUUUUGGACAUUGCAUACUUCAAAUGAUUGUUUUCAACUCUCUUUGCUCGUCAUAUUGAAUGUAUAUACAUGCCAUUUAUAUGUAUUUUUUGUUUAGCAUUGUUGUCAA